AUGACGGGUUUAUCUGUUUUCCACUUUCUUCUAUCAUCAAUCCUUCUUCUUUCCUGCGUCCUCCUGCAAUACCAGCCAGUUCACGCCAUUAAAAAGUCUUACGUUGUAUACUUAGGAUCACAUUCGCAUGACCCAAACCCUUCUGCUAAUGAUCAAGAUUCUGCCACCAGUUUUCAUUACAGCCUACUAGCUUCACACUUGGGAAGCCGCAAGAAGGCGAAAGAAGCGAUAUUUUAUUCAUAUAACAGACAUAUCAAUGGUUUUGCUGCGUUGUUCGAGGAGGAGGAAGCAGCAGAUAUUGCAAAAAAUCCAAAAGUAGUGUCAGUGUUUAUGAACAGAGGCCACAAACUUCAAACCACACGGUCCUGGGAAUUUCUGGGAUUAGAGAACAGUAAUGGGCAAGUUUUGGAAGACUCAAUCUGGGAGAAGGCUAGAUAUGGAGAAGAUACCAUCAUUGGUAACAUCGAUACUGGUGUAUGGCCUGAAUCGAGGAGCUUUAGCGACGAAGGAAUGGGACCAAUCCCUUCAAGGUGGCGAGGUGCAUGCCAACUUGACAAUUUUCGUUGCAAUAGAAAGUUGAUUGGAGCACGAUUCUUCAGUAACGGUUACGAGUCCCAGUUUGGCAAACUCAACGAAUCGCUCUACACAGCGCGCGACGAGUUAGGCCAUGGCACUCCUACUCUCUCCGUCGCCGGAGGUAACUUCGCUCGUGGCGCAAACGUUCUUGGCUUCGGCAAUGGCACCGCCAAGGGUGGGUCCCCCCGAGCCCGCGUCGCCGCCUACAAGGUCUGCUGGCUCUCUGUCACCGGAAUCCAAUGUACCGAUGCUGACGUCAUGGACGCCUUCGACGCUGCGAUUAGCGACGGUGUUGAUGUGAUCUCCUUCUCCUUGGGGAAGCCUGUUCCACCAGAGUUUUUCCAAGAUGGGUUUUCCAUUGGAGCCUUUCACGCCAUCGCCAAUGGCGUCAUGGUCGUCGCCGGUGCAGGGAAUGAAGGACCAGGUUUCGGAACUGUAACCAACGUGGCUCCAUGGAUGUUCACUGUUGCUGCUAGCUCAAUAGACAGAGACUUCGCCAAUUACGUUGUUCUUGGUGACCAGAAGCAUAUAAUGGGAGCUAGUCUUUCUACAGGCUUACCAUCCGAGAAGUUCUAUCCUCUGAUCAAUUCUAUUGAUGCUAAAGCUGCUAAUGCCACAGUUGAGGAUGCUCAACUGUGCAAUGCUGGAAGCCUUGAUCCCAAGAAGGCUGAGGGUAAAAUUCUUGUUUGCCUCGUAAACAGCCCAAUAGGAAUAGUUUUCGCAGAGCAAGGGGCCGUACUUGCAGGAGCUGUAGGAUUGAUUUUGGCCAAUGAUGAAAAACGGGGAAAUGAUAUUAUGGCUAUUGUCCAUUUGCUGCCUGCUUCACACAUCAAUUUCACUGAUGGUGAAUAUGUUUAUUCCUACGCAAAACUCGCCAAGGCCCCUAGGGCUUAUAUGACAAGAGCAAAAACACGAGUAGGAAUUAAACCAGCUCCUGUAAUGGCUUCGCUCUCAUCUAGGGGACCUAGUAUCAUCCAACCGGGGAUUCUCAAGCCUGAUGUCACUGCACCAGGAGUGGACAUUCUUUAUGCAUACCCAGAUGGCCUAACUGUGACUGGUGUUGAUUCCGAUAAACGUCAGUUUUUAUUUAAUAUAGGGUCAGGAACCUCAAUAUCAUGCCCUCAUGUUUCAGGCAUUGUUGGCCUUCUCAAAACAGCCUAUCGUCAUUGGAGUCCUGCUGCUAUCAGAUCAGCAAUCAUGACUACUGCAAUGACGCUUGAUAACAACAACAAACCGAUUCUGGAACAGUCCAAGCAAGAAGCAAACCCAUUUGCUUAUGGUGCAGGGCACAUCCAACCGGACCUUGCAAUGGACCCAGGACUUGUUUAUGAUCUGAAUACUGAUGAUUACUUGAACUUCUUAUGUGCUCAUGGUUACAACCAAACCCAAAUCAUGUUAUUUUCCAAGAGCCCUUAUACUUGCCCAGGAUCUUUCAGCAUUGCAGAUUUUAACUACCCUUCAAUCUCUGUGCCUAAUCUUGGAAACCAAUCUGUAACUGUUACUAGAUCACUCACAAAUGUGGGAGAGCCAGGUGCUUACAGUGUCCAUGUGAAGGCUCCUCAUGGAGUUGGUGUGUUGGUUGAGCCAAGUCUGCUGAUAUUUGAGAAAACCAGUGAGAAGAAGACGUUCAAAGUUAUCUUGAAAUGGAUUGGAGAAGAUGGCUUUUCCGAUUAUGUAUUUGGAGAGAUGUGGUGGUCAGAUGGCAAGCAUAAAGUUAAGAGUCCUAUUGUAGUGAAGCAUAUACAGGAAUAGUCUAGAGGGUUAUUAAACUUGUUGGCCAGAAAAAUCAUGAUUUUUUUUUAAAAUUAGAAACUACUGCA